UUAUAUCCGUAUUUAAAGGCGCCAACAAAGACUUGUUUAGGAGCAGCUACACAAAUCUGCCAUCUUUUUACGUGGAGCUUCAUACACACAUCAGCCCACAAUUAAGUAUUUUGUUUCCCGUAAACAAAAUGCCCGAGGAAACAGCAUCCGCUUCAACCGCCAAAAGUAUGGAGGAAAAACCUUGCUCGUCGACUGCUGCCGCAGAUAGCACUGUUGAUGUAUCUGAAGAAGCAAAGAAGCUGAUUGGCACAGGCAAUCGGCAUUUGGUUAUGGGUGAUGUUGUGUCUGCAGUCAGUGUGCUUCAAGAGGCCUGUGCCAUGCUAGCUGAGCAGUAUGGAGACACUGCUGAUGAAUGUGGAGAAGCUUUUUUCUUGUGUGGGAAAGCCCUUCUGGAACUUGCAAGGAUGGAGAAUACUGUGCUUGGCAAUGCUUUAGAGGGAGUCCCAGAGGAAUCUUCAGAAGAAGGAGAGAAACCGAACGACUCAAAGAUCGAGAGUGCAGACAACUUGGAUGAGGAGGAUGAUGAUGAUGAUGACGACGAUGAGGAUGAGGAUGAAGAGGGUGGUACAAAAGAUAAGGAAAGUGAGGAGGAGGAAGUUGGCAAUUUGCAGCUAGCUUGGGAGAUGCUGGAGGUUGCUAAAGUCAUUUAUAAAAGAAAAGAAAGUAAAGAUGAUCAGCUAAUGGCAGCACAGAUUUACCUGAAACUUGGAGAGGUUGGGGCUGAAUCGGGUAACUACAGCCAGUCUCUGGAAGACUUCAACGAAUGCUUAACCCUGCAGCUGAAACAUCUUUCCUCUCAUAGCCGUCUUCUGGCUGAGACUCAUUACCAGUUGGGCACAACCUACAGUUACACAGCCCAGUACAGCAAAGCCAUCGAGCACUUCUCAAGCUCCAUCAAAGUCAUUGAGAGCCGUCUCGCUAUGCUUCAAGUGGCGAUAGAUAAGGCAGAGGGUGCAGAGACAGUACAGGAAGAGAAGACUGAGUUUGAAGAGUUGAAACAGUUACUUCCAGAAAUUACUGAAAAGAUUGAAGAUGCCAAGGAGAGUCAGAGGACGGCUGCCACAGCCUCUGCAGCCAUUCAUCAGACACUUGGAGGAGCAUCCACUUCUGCAUUCCCUGCUGAAAACGGUGGCCCAUCUUCAUCUACAGCUAGACAGAUUGAUGUGAGGCCAGCUGAUGUUGCAUCUUCAUCGAAGUCUGCUUCGGAUAUUUCUCACCUGGUCCGCAAGAAGCGGAAACCAGAAGAGGAGAGUCCAAAAAAGGACAGUGACGCUAAAAAGACUAAGCAGGAGACAUCAGUUAAUGGCAGCGAAGACUCCGCCCACAACGGCAAUGGAGUCACGGAGAAAAUGGAACCGGAGCCAAGCAAGUCUUCCUCUGUUGAAACCUCGGCGUGAUGGGCUUUUCCUGACUGAACACUUGCCUUCAAACCAACAGAGCAUGCCUGCCUCAUUCUCCAUGAGCAACGUUUUGUAAAUAAAUUUAUCUUUGUCUGUCCAAUUUUGUAUAAUUGUAGUAAUCUUUCAAUAAAGGGUUUGCAUACGUGA